AUGUGCCGCCAUGGCGAGAAUUGGUCGGGCAUCACGGACCAGAAGCAGCGGAAGAAGCUGCAGAAUAGGCUCAACAAGCGUCUCUCGAGGCAAAGACAAAGAGCGACGCGGUCUUCCCAAUCCAGAUCCGAAUCUUCUGCAACUCAUUGCAGUGCUGCUAUUCGAUCCAGCCCAAAUCUCAACCAACUCUCGUGCAACGCCCCUGCAUCCGACGCAGAGGCGGAAAGCAUCGUUCCAAUGCUGAACUAUGCCUCGCAAGACACAAUUGCUCAACAGCGAGCACUUCUCGAGGCCUUUGCGCGGCAGGCAUUGUCGAGCUAUGCAGCUGGCUGCCCUCGUGCCGAUCACUACCUGCAGCUCAUACAGCUCAACAUUGUGACUGGGCUCACGAGAAACGCCGAGGUGCUGGGCUUCUCAUUUGAUUGGCUCGUCUGCGAAAUUGUGUCGCCAUUCGGCCCUCGCGAUGUCAGCGGGAAUCGAGAACGCCAGCUGGAAGACUGCACGACGUAUACGAAACAAUGCGUGCCACCAAGUCUUGCACCGACAAAGAUGCAGCUGACCACCCCUCAUCAUCCAUGGCUGGAUUUGUUCCCGCUCCCUCGGCUGCGCGACAACAUGUUAGCUACCACCAGGUGUAUGCCUCUCGAGGAGGAAGACGAGCUCUUUGACCAUAUCCUAGAGGCCUCCGGGCCGAAGAGGGAAUGGGCCGGCUUCAUGGUCUGGGGAGAGCCGUGGGAUCCUAGGAGUUGGGAGGUGAGUGUACCGUUUCUGCGGAAUUGGGGUUUCUUGCUGCGAGGCUGUCCAGAGAUCAUCAUGUCUACCAAUGCUUGGCGACGCAGGCGAAGGGAACAGCCCAUCAUGGACUUGAGAUGUGUCGAGGAGAUACCUACAUCAUGGAAGCCCGAUUGA